AGUUAGGAACAUUGUUCCGUGUUAAUUUUUUUUUAAUUUUUUUUUUAUUAUUUAUGAAAUGAAUGGGAUAAUCUAGAAUAUUUACAAUGAAUUUAAUGCCGGUUCUCGCGUGUAGGAAGGGAAAUUAGAGAAACCUCACAUUCUACAAAAAAAAAAAAAAAAAAAAAAAAACUUAAAAUUUCAGGUGGUGACUUGAAUUUAUUGCAAUUUAUUGCUUAUACAAUUCAACAAAGAAUUAUAUCUAAAUAAUUCGAACACAGUUUCAAGUGCUCUUAACUUUUGAACACACCUUCAAAAUCUGCUCCGUUAUGAUUUAGUUGUUAGUAAUUCAGUUAAAGAUUUUGAAGUACGAUGGUGUUAAAACAGUAACAAGUGCUGCAACAUGUGUUUCAAUAUCAACAAUAGAUCAAAUUCUGACGAGGAAGGAAAAGAGCUAAACCAAUUUGGUUUUUUGACAUCCUCAGGACUAAAUUUUUGUGAUGUAAAUCAUGUCGAUACCAGAGGAAAUGCCUGAAAUCGAGAAUUCUUUACAAAGGCUGGGGAAUGUUGUUGGUUCUGUUGAAGAUCUGUCGGAGGAACUGGAAUAUUUUGGCUUCUCGCAGCUACCAAGCGUUGAACCCGACACUGUUAACCUCGCAGCUAAGCCAUUGGUUGUCCUGCUGGCGUCGCUGGUCAGCGUUGCCUGGGAGAUCCUUCAGCGCUACCGCGUGGCAGGCAGCAAGCACGAGGAUGUUGAAACUCACCACCACACUCUCUCUAAUGAAAACAAAUGUUUACAGGCUCAGAUACAGCAGUUGAAAACUGAGUUAUCAAAGAAAGGCAAAACUGUUGAUCAUGCGAGUGUUGAAUCAAAAAGUCUCAAAUUUAAAUUUGAGAAACUUCAGAUGGAAUUGAAGAAAGUCAAAGAAGAGGUGACAAUUUUGAAAGGCAAAUUGGCACGCCAAGAAUGCCAACACACCCACACAGUUCGUAGGAAGGAUAAUGAGAUAGAGUAUUUGCAGAAUCAGUUGCAGCAACGUGCAGUACAGAACUCACCUUGGAAACCAAGAAGUCCUCCCUUGUUGUCUGUGGAACAAGAAGAACUGUACAAAAGUAUCAUUAGUAAAUUUGAAUCCAACAACGUACUUUUGAUCCAAGAAAAUGUAUUGUUGCGUGAAGCUUUUUACAAACUACAUACUGAUCUGGGUCUGGUAACAUGGGAGUUUAAAGACCUAAUGGAUAAACACUUGAGAGGGAAGGUAGACUGCAGGAAACAAUAUAAACUUGACUUACCUGAAAUUUUGUCCAAAAAUUUUUUCAAACUGCCAUACGAAGUAGCUUUCAAAGAAGUGGAUUCAUCAUCAAGAAAAUAUUUUGAUGCACUCCACACGAUUAUAGAAAUCUUGGACAAGUCAGAAAUGAUAUUAUAAACAUCAAAUUGGUUCCUGCUGCAAUUGCCAUUAUUAAACAAACACCAAGAGAUUCAUACGAACAACUGACUACUGUUGUAGUGACAACUGUGUACAUAAUUUAAAUGAAUAAAUGCACCUCACUUUUUUUUGUACA